UUGGCCCUGGCCUUGGCCCGCUGUCAUGGCGGCCGUGGCGGAGUCCAGCGACUGCCCGGCCUAUGCCUGCGACCCGGAGGUCGGCGCCGGCCCGACGGCCGGGGAGGCGCUGAGCGGCGCCCUUCGCUCCCUGGCCGAGCUGGCUGGGCAGCUUAACCUUGGAGAUGAUGUGGUGAAAAUUGUAAUUGAUUGGAGCAAGCUUCAAAGCACAUCAGCACUCCAGCCGACGUUGCUCUUUAGCGCACUUCAGCAACAUAUUUUAUUUUUGCAGCCUCUUUUAGAAAAACUCCAGUCGUCAAUUAAAGAGGAAAACACAGGCCAUGAUGAAACUACAGGUAAAGCAGAAAGCAAGACAUGUGAUAAGAGUUCAAAGUUAGCUGAUAAUAACUCACAGAUAGAAGAAAAAUACACGAGUUAUGAUUCUGGAGAUCUGAAAGAAGCUCAUAUUAAUUUUGAUCCAGAGGUGGUGCAGAUAAAAGCUGGAAAGGCAGAAAUUGACAGGCGAAUAUCGGCCUUUAUUGAGAGGAAACAAGCAGAGAUCAAUGAAAAUAACGUCAGGGAAUUUUGCAAUGUUAUUGAUUGUAAUCAAGAGAACAGCUGUGCCAGAACAGAUGCAGUUUUCACACCUUACCCUGGAUUUAAAAGUCAUGUAAAAGUUUCUAGAGUUGUAAAUACCUAUGGUCCUCAAACUAGAUCCGAAGGAGCACAUGGAUCCAAUAAAGCCAGUAUCCCUGUUCGUGACUGUGGAAACCAGGCUGUAGAGGAAAGACUACAAAACAUUGAAGCACAUUUACGGUUACAAACAGGAGGUCCGGUACCUAGAGACAUUUAUCAGAGAAUUAAAAAACUUGAAGAUAAAAUUCUUGAAUUGGAAGGCCUCUCACCAGAAUAUUUUCAGUCUGUAAAUUUUUCUGGCAAAAGGAGGAAGGUUCAACCACCCCACCAGAAUUAUUCAUUGGCAGAACUUGAUGAGAAGAUCAAUGCAAUUAAGCAAGCACUACUAAGAAAAACUAAGGAAGCUAAAUCCAAGGAGGUUGACCAGCUUCUUCGAUGAAAUCUUUUCAGAAUUCUCAUCUCUUUUAACUGAUUCUUAAAUUUUAGACUCUAAUCUCAGUAGUGUUCAUCUGGAAUGGCUUCGGUAAUGAAACCAAAACAUGCGUGCAUCUCCCUUUUGGGUAUUUUUGAAAAAUUUUACUCUUGUCACUAUCUGCUAAAACCAAUCUCAAGUUAACCAAGCUGUUUCUUUAAAAUGUGAAUGCUUUGUAAGUAGCAUUCUAAAAAUAUAUUUCCUUCUGUUGUAAAGGAGGAUUUACAUUUUUCAUCCAUGAAAAUCUUUUAACUUCAUUGCACAAAGCUACAUUUCAUUGGUGACUUUGGUGGAUUAGAGGAAAAAUCUUUUGGAUAAAGCAGUAUUCAGAAGGGCUAUCUGAAGUAAAAUGUUAGUGUUCACGAAAGUAAUUUCCAUAAUUUUGUGAAAUAAAAUAAUAUACCUAC